AUGAGUGAACUAUUUGAAUGCAAACAACCCGACACAUGGAGGAAAGUUGAAGGCAAAUAUUGGCAUGUGGUGGAAGCUAAAAGCAAGAGCAAGAAAGCAUCCGGCGGGAAGCUUCAAAACCUCGACAAGUGGUACCAAGAGGAGCUGCCUGCUACCAUCUCAAGUCGAUGUGAUAAACAUGUCACUCUGUCAGAGAUGGUCAAGCUGAUGGAGUGGAAGCUCACAAGGGGCAAGUUCAGGCCUCGUCUGCAGCAGCUCGUGUCUUCCAACAGUGAAUCGGCGGUGGCCGAAUGUUCCCGUAAGGCCUUCAACCUCCUGCCUGAUGUCGCCGCCGCCAUCUCGGAACUCGGCUCAUUGAAAGGAGUCGGCCCAGCCACUGCGUCAGCGGUGUUAGCCGCGGGAGCUCCCGAACAGACCGCGUUCAUGUCAGACGAGGCCGUGGCGAGCGUACCGGGGCUCUUGCCCAUUCAGUACACAGCCAAACACUAUGCGUUCUACCUGAACAAGAUGGUGGAAAUGACCAAAACACUUAACAAAGUAGACCCUCAACCCGAUUGGACGCCCCAAAGGUUGGAGCGCUGUUUGUGGGCGCUAACCGUCGCUAAGCAACAGCAGCUCCCGCUUCUCGGAGGUGUUGUCGGUGUGGCGGAGAAGCGCUCGGUUGCUGAGGAUCACAGAACAAGCAAGAAACUUAAAACCAGAUAA